UUUUUUUUUUUUUUUUUCCGGAGCUGGGGACUGAACCCAGGGCCUUGCGCUUCCUAGGCAAGCACUCUACCACUGAGCUAAAUCCCCAACCUCUGAACUUGAUGUUCUUAGUUGUUAAUGUUUGAAAUGUGCCUUUCCUCUUCGUCCAUGUAGAGAUAGUGACUUCCAUGAGUUAACUGGCGUCUGGAACUGUAGGAUUGCCACAGCACUUGAGCCUUUUCCGAUACCAGCUCUCAUCUUCCUGGCUGACAUGAUUGGAAUUGUACCGCUGGAGAUAGCCGUGCAGCCAUUCCUCCCUAAGACACGUCCCGUUGUCUGUGACUUAACAGUUUUACCCAUUUCCUAUAUUCUAGGUCAGGCACUGACAAUAAAUCAGUCCUCUCCUUCAUGGCAGAAGUGUCGGCUGUGAAGUCUGAGACUUCCGAAUCCUUGUCUGUACUUUGUGUUCUUACAUGCAUAGACAUGUAUGUGGGCAUGCUGACCCUGCUAGUUGCACUUGGCAUCAACAUAUAUAUUGUUUCUAUUUCAUUUGUGUAAGUUACUUUCCUUGAGCUUUAAAUUUCUCAUCUGUGAAGUAAAAGGUUUAGAACUCUAGGUGAAAUCCUCAAAUAGUGGACAGGUCUACCAGCCCUCGUUGUAUUAAUAAGCCCCUUGCCUGACCCGCUUCACGGGGCGAACAAGAGUGAGCUGGAGUAGCUUCUGUUUUGGGGGUGCAGGAAAAACAUGACUGGCAAUGUAAUUUCUCUCCAAGCUGUACUUUGCAUGUCUUUAAGUAUACAUGUUUUAAAAGAAGGCUACAACAUAUAGUCCUAACAUUUAUCAUUGAGCCGUUAAGGUCAGAGUCAGCAGUUCAGUCAAGUUCCAUUUGUUAAUGUUCUUCAUCCGAAUUGCUGACACUUUGUUAAUUUUCUUCCUCUUUCUAUAAUUUAAAUGGUAUAUGUGUGUGUAUGUAUGUGCAGACAAGCUAUAUGGUAUAUGUGUGAGUUGCCAUGUGGGUGCUGGGACUCUAACCUGGGUCCCCUGGAAGAGGAAGCCAGUGCUCUUAGCUGCUGAGCCACCCAUCCUUCCAGCCUGGCUGUUUAUUUUUUUUACAUGUUAAGUCUGAUUAAGAUUUCUGUCAUAUAGUCUUUCAGUUCCCCUCUUUCUUGAUGAGUAUGGUCGCACUGCCUCCUGUUCUUUGUGUACUGUAGACUAGAUUGCCCAUAUGAGCCAGAGAUAUACUCUGCUUAGUUUCUUCAUAAUGCCACUGUCAUUACAGAUAUGUUAAAAUCAUCGUAUAAAUUCAGGGUCAAAGUUGUAUUCAUUUUUUGUGGUUUUUGGUAAAUGUGGCCUAAGUUAGUCACCAGAAGAAGUGACCAGAUAGCUCAGAUGCCAGUGGCCUGGGUGUGUGGAUGAACUUUGAACUGGCUGGCCCACUGGCUUGUUAGACUCGUACCUAUAUGCAGGUGGUUACUGGUCUGGUUUAAUAUAGUGAAGAUUUUAUUUGAAUAUUUGGCCAGGGUUUUACAGUGAAGGGAACUUAGACAAGCUGUAGUUCUAUAACAUAAAAGAGAUUCUUCGACAUUGUGUCCUGGGAUAUAAGCAAACUUGAACUCUCUGUGGAAAGUCUUUUUUCCCUCCCUUGGUGCCUUUCCACGGCCUUUAAAAAAGAACUCAACUGUAGCUGCAGCUGAAGCCAAUACAGGAUCCAGCUGUAACUUUUUGUUGUUGUUCUUACAUCCGGUGAUGGCCAUAGCAAACUCAUUGUAUGAAAAUUCAAUAAAGGAAAAGGGCAGGGUGGGAAAAAAAUGACACCGUAUGAAAGCAUUCAAGAAAUAGCAACAGGAUCUAGGAGUCUCCUGUUCAGAGGCUGAUUUAAAUUCCAUUCUGAAGUAUUAAUUCUGUUUGUGACUAGUCUAGUAGGCGUUUUAGUUUUUUUCCCUUUUAAUAUUAUGCACACACCAUGGAACCAGAGAGUGUACGUGAGGCUGACACAUUUUCAGUGGGAGGCAGAAAAUAGUAACAUGUGAGAACCCAGAGGACCCAACUGCGCCUCAUGCAAAACAGAGUGAGAAUUCUUCAAAACACGCUAUGGGGUGACGGUGGGUUAGAGCCAGCACCACUCCGCUAAAGAAAGCCAGGUUCGCUUUCAUUUUUUUUCCUGGAAUAUUCCUAUGUGUGCAUUUACCAUCAAGCUAUUAAGUUCGGAAUCAGCAGUUCAAUGAGAAUUUUAAUUGGCAUCUGUUUAAGUCUGUCUACUAGAAAGUCGUUGGAUCUGGGCAUCUUUUAAGAACCAACCUAUAUAUUCUCACCCUGUAACUGAAGGGAAAUAGUUUUGUGAUUAGUGGACUGAUUGGAAGGCUAGUGGCUUUCACACACUUGUGCAUCUCGUACAUGUUGUUUUUCUUUUGUGUGUGUGUGGGAGUCACAUUUCUCAUAUUUCUUCUAAUUGUAGCCAGACAUCCUGUUUGGGGGCUAUUUGAGACCAGUGCUGCCUGUGAAGCAAUCAUGCGGUCUGUGGAAGCCUUCUUAGUCUUCUUAGAUUUGAUUUUAUAGGCAGGUUUCCUUGAAAACCCCCAUGUACUAUUUUUGGAUCUAUGUGUCUGUGGCUCAGGGCAUUAGCAGUACAUACACAUUAGCACAGAAAUGUCCACUGUCUAAAGGCUCUUUAGACUUAUAGAAAAGCUCUGGCAGUGCUUUUGCGGGUAUAAUGGGCUAGCUAGCACUGCUGGACAAAUUUAAGGGACCAGAGUCUCUUCUUAUGACUCUUAAUGACAGUGUUGCUGGGUCUGUGCCAGCACUGGCAAGAUUUCCAAGCCUUCUUAUCUACUUUACAGUACGGUGGCCCUGUCUCCUUGGUCUUCAUAAGUUGGUUUUCUGCCUCCACUGAGAGGAGCAGCUUCACAAGGGAGACGCCUCCUGCAUGCCUCCCACUUGCUGGCUCACCAGUGCUCCCUACCUUUUAUUUGUUUAAAUUAGAGUAGUCUGAUAGCUCGCUUAUUUAUAAAUGGUUGUCUUGCUGGGGUUUUGUUUUGUUUUCUAUAUCAUCAAAGAUCUGUUAGUUUUAUAUCUUAAAAGCUAACAGGAAUCAGGAUUGUAACCUUUUAGUUUCUUUGGCAAUAAAAUGCCUAUUUUUUUUUAAAGCACUAAAAUUCAUGUCAUAACAGUAACAUUUGGUGGGGGACACAGUGUUAGGAUUGACCCAGGGCCUGGCCUUGCAUUUGCUAGGUACAAUCCCCCGCCUGUAAAUGCCAGCCUUUUAAAGUUUGCAAUUGAGGGCUUGGAUGUAGCUCAGUGCGUAGCACGAAUGAAUCAGCAUUCUAUUCCCAGUGCUGCAUCUGGAUGUGCUGCUGAGAUCUGUAAUCCCAGUGUGGGAGGGCUGGGGUAGGGUAUGGGGGUGGAGGUAGGAAGAUGAGGAGUGUAAGUACUCAGAGGUCAGGACUAGCCUGGUUAUAUGAGACACUUGUCUCAAUUUUUUUUUUUUUUUCUCGGAGCUGGGGACUGAACCCAGGGCCUUGCGCUUGCUAGGCAAGCACUCUACCGCUGAGCUAAAUCCCCAACCCCUACUUGUCUCAAUUUUUAAAGACGGUGCACUAUCCCCACCGUCCCAUUUUUAUCACCUCAGAGGCCUGUCCUUAUCUCCAGUCUUUCCACCUGGCUACUGCUUAUCUAACUCAUUUCAUGUGAGUGUGGUUGUACACCACAGGGCCUUGGUGCCUGACUCCUUUCCCCUGUCAGGGUCAUUUGUGUUGUGGCAGGGUUCAGCGCCCUGGGAUCAUGCAAGCUGUAGACCCAGCCCCCAGCAUCUCCUGUGAGGGGAGCGGAUUGGUUUGAGUUGUUAAAGUGCUUGCUGUACGAACAGGAUGCUUUGAAUUUGAUCCCCAGAACCUAAAUUAAAGCUGGACAGGCGUCUGCAUCUCCAGGACUAGGGGCUGGAGAGAGGUGGAGAAGUCCUGGGAACUUGUUGUCUAGCCAGCCUAGUGAAAAGGCAAGCUCUAGGUUCAUCAGUUUGUACCAAAGAAUGAGGCAAGGGCUGACGCAUGGCUUAGUGGGUAGAAGUGCCUGGUGCCUAAGCCUGAGAACCUGAGUUCAGUUUCUGGAGCUCAUGUAAGAAAGCUGGUGUGGUAGCCAGCAAGCGCCCUUAAUCCAGCACUGCCCUGUGAGGUGGGAGGCAGAGCCAGGAGAGCUGUGCAGACGUUCUCCAUCCAGCCGACUGCAGAAACGGGGGAGAGCCUGCCGCAGCAAGUGGGAGGUGAGGGCCAAUCCCUGACAGCUGUCUUCUGACUUCCACAGACAGGCCAUGGUGCCCCUCCCCACCCCAGCCAUACACUCAAUAGGGUGAAGAGUGACAGGGAAGCCCAGUGCACAUGGGAACACACCCUGCCCCGCCCACACAGGAAGAGAUGCAGUUGCAUUUCAGGUAGGUAUCCCUACACGUGGAGCAGUGGCUUUCAGUGUCCGCAGGCAGCAGCACGUGAGGCAGAAGCGUGCUGUCUGGAAGGUGGUUUACUCUGAAGGCCAGUGCAUAGAUACAAGGGCCUGAGAUAAAUCGUUAACAGAACUGUGGAAGAUGUACUUCUGCGGGACUCCACCAUGCCCACAGCAGAGGACACUGGAUGCCAGACCUUCAUCCCCUGUUCACCCUGAAGCCCUGACAGAUAGCAAGGUUACAGACAGCUCACAGAAAGAAAGACUAGGAAAAGGUGAUGGAGGGGCAAGUAGGGAGAUGGUGGCAUUCUAAGUAACUUCUGGUAGCCAUUGCAUACAUGGUGACUGGUUAAUAUUGCACUGAAUACUUGAAACUCACCAGUCUUAGCCUUUAUCACGUUCGGUCACUGAUUUGGCCAUGACAAUUGGCUUAAAUGGUAAUCAUCUCACUAUAUCUAUCUAUCUAUCUAUCUAUCUAUCUAUCUAUCUAUCUAUCUAUCUAUAUCAAGCAUCUCUUUGAAACAGGGUAUCAUUUUAUAAAUUAGCUAGACUCACAUAGAGUCUCCUGCCUCUACCUCCAGGGAUUAAAGGUACGUGGCACUGCGGCCCUCUGAUACACAUGGUGGAUGGAUUCAUCAUGUUAAGUGGAGACCCCUUCUGUAGAGGGGGAGAAAUAAGCUGUUAGAAGGAACAAGAAAUUGGAAACUUACCAACAGAUCAAACAAAAUAGGGGUUAUUUUUUGAGAUAGUUCUUUUGUAGCCAAGAUGGGCUUUGAAUUGAUACUUCUGCCUCUGCCUCCAGAGUGUUGGGAUGGAAAGCUGUGCUCCAUGAUGUGGUGUGAGAAUGGGGAUUUAGAAGAAGCAGGAAGGGCUCUUGGCAGCCCCUUUACAAGGCUAUGCUUGUGCAAGGGCAGCAAGUGUGGGAAUUGUUUCACACACACACUGGAUUCAAAAGGCCAUCUGGAAGCCAUUGUUCCAGAAUGUUCCCCACACUCUUCCCUCUGUUUGUUCCCUUUCCUCUUUAGUAAGGGCAUAGUUGAUAGAUAUUUAUUCUCAGGCAAACGUUUCUCUACAAAAAUUAAAUUCUCUGUUUAGAGGGAAAUUGGGGCUUCUGGAUAUAUCCUGAGAACCCAAAUAAAGUUGCUUAUUUUUAUUUUUGCCUUCUGAGGGCUUCUGAGCCCGUCAGCCUUUAUCUGACCUUUCACCAUGAUGGAAGGUAGUGUCUAGGCUUUGUUUAUGAACCCCAAAGUUAAUGCACGUUCUCACUCAAAAUGCAAACCUUAAGAGGAAAUCGACUGAGGGAAGACACUUGCCUACAACGCUGAAAGAUGCCUCAAAGCUAACUCUAUCUCACUUUUAAAUGUGUGCAGACAGCAAGGAUAUCCAGAUGGGUGGAAAAACCCAGCAGCAUGAGAGGGAUUUAAUUCAAAAUAUUUUUAGAAAGUAUAGCUGACUCCAAAAGAAAGAGACUUGAGAAGAUGGAAGAAUACUUUAAAAAAUGAUCAUUCGCAAUUUGUUGGGGGCGGGGUGGGGUAAGUGAAUAGGUGCUAGAAUUCCCUGACUUCCAGUCUUCCUUCCUCUUGAAUCAGCAGCUUCUGAUAGAAGUGACUGAGAGGGAGAAGAGUGAAAAGCUGACUCAUCCUAGGUGGGAUCGGGUGAAGAAAUAUCAGGGCCUGACUCAUUUACUGUUUCCUAAGGGUUCGGCGCUGCGUGAAACAAUGUAAACCGAGAUAUGGGCCCUGCUAAUUUGGGAAGUAGGAAGGGCUGGAUGAUGGAUCCCAAGUGACUGCAGACAGCCAGGGGUGGGUUUGUUCCUGCACUAAUUGGUGUCAGGAGCCGCUGGCCUGGGAGGCCAUUGGACACAUGUGGGCUCCAUAUGCUCAGACGUACUAGGGCUGCUGCCUCCGUGCCGAAGUCUUCUCCCUGGAGCAGCUUCCAGCCACCUGGAGUGGAAACCAGGUCAGUUAGGUACAGACAUCAGGAUCCAGAAGCGACGGAUGGGUUUCUCCAAGGAGACUGACAAAAUGUCUGAGGGAUGAAGCUGGACUACCUGUGGAGUGCUCGCGUGGUUUAGGUGUAUACAGCCCUCCUGCUCACACAUAAGAGGUAGAAAAGUAAAACAAAACAAACCCGGACAAACUUGGCAGUGUUACAAGCAGGGCCAGCCACUCUGUUUGGGGUGGAUGAGGGAAGCUUGGGCUUGGAAACCAUUGUUUAUUAACAAUAGAAACAGCUCGCUGCCAAAAUAAAAUGGAGGAGGAUACAGGUUCUGAAAUGUGAUUCUGGAAAAAAACCAAUAGAAACUUGAAGAAAAUUUUAGAUAAAAUGUCCUUUUUGUUGAUUUUAAUAAAAUAGAAGGAGGGAAAUAAAUGGAUUAAAUGUUAAAGGGGUGGGGAUAAGGAUUUGGCUCAGUAGUUGAGAGUGCUUGCUGCUCUUGCAAGGUUCCUAGCACCCUCUUCCCGUGACUUCAGGGGAUCCACUGCCCUCUUCUGACUUCCAUAGAUACUGCAUACAUUUGACACAGUCAUGCCUGUGUACACGUGUGUACACACACACACACACACACACACACACACACACACACACACACAAUCUUUUUAAGAUGGAAAAGGCCAUUGGCCAAGUUGGAAACCAGUUGAUUGAGAGACAGAAUUAUGAGGUGAAAUGAAUAAGCCAAGAGAAAGAAACUACUAUUACUAAAUGCAUUUGCAGAAUUUUUUUUUCUUUUUUUCGGAGCUGGGGACCGAACCCAGGGCCUUGCGCUUUCUAGGCAAGCGCUCUACCACUGAGCUAAAUCCCUAACCCCCAUUUGCAGAAUUUUAAACUCUACUAGGAUCCAUGAGGAAGAAAAUUGGCCAUGUGGGAAGUUAAAUUAGUGCUGUGAUCUAAAUAAGUAUUGUUCCUGAGAAGAUACCAAAACAAACCAGAAACAGUAAUCGGAGGUACAAUGGAAAAAGUAUCUUUGACUUGAAAGAAAAACACCAGAUGCUUUUGUAUAUUCAAUGGGCUUAUUCUGCGUUAGUUGAAAUUAGCAAAAAGAAAGACAUAUCAGGAUAAAGGACCCAAGAAGAGCUCCGCUAAAGCAAAUGUCUGUGUGUGGAAGUUUCUUAGGGAGGGGGCGUCAGGAUUCUUUCAGACUCCUACAAUAUUGCUGGGUAGAGUAAGCUGAGAGUUUUUAGGAGAGAAAAGGGUUGUAUUUAAGAAUCAAUCGCCCUAAUUGUUAAUUUGUAAAGACAACAGGAAGGCACUCCCUGAAACUGCAAAGAAGGUAGAGCUAGGAGUGUGGUGAGAUGGCUCAGCCCUGAGGUAUUCGCUGUGUAAACGAGAGGAGCAGAGUUGUAUCUCCAGCCCUAAUGCAGAAGUCAGGUGUGGGGCAUAGAGAUCCCCCCAGAGGUCAUUGGUUAGCCAGUCUAGUCUGGGAGAGAACCUGUCUCAGAAGUAAGACAGAAGAGUAAAAAGGUCUACAUUGACCUCCGACCUCCUGCACACAUGCACACGCAAAGGGCAGAGCUAGCAUUGGGCUUCAGUGAGAGCUCGCCUAUCCUUGGACUAACGUCUUAGGCACCAGCGUGUCCUUUCUCUUCAAGGAUGUGGGGUCUUCUCUGGGAUCUUCCUGACGCCAUCUGGGAGUUUUUCAGUAAAAGGAGACAAGUUUUUCAUCGUAGACCCCCAACGAAAAGACUUAAUUGGUGUGCCUGAGAUCCAGCUUCCAGAAAGGCUGAAAUGAGAGCAUUCAAGGUCAGCCUGGCAACAUAGUAAGGGUCGGUCUGGUUAAUGGCAAAAAGGUUGAAAUAACUAAUGAGAAGUUGUGAUAUUGAAACCAAAGCACUGUCAUUGAAAUUUAACCAUAAGUGUGUCUAGUUAUAAACGUAACCAUUUGAGUGAAUCCAGAGAGAGGAUAAACCAGUAACAGAUAAACAGUUACAGUAUACAGGGUCAGUAGCCCUAACAAAGUGAGUGUGGGAAUUAGAGAGGCUGGCAAGUUGAUGGUGGGGACGCUCAGGAAGUAUUGGGAGAAGGUAAGGACCCAGACUUUUGACAUUGAUAACUACAGAAAUUUAAUAGUACUGUGGUUUAAAAAGAUACUCUAAAGGUAACCUACCUACUAGAAGAUUUAAACUAAGACAAAGGCAUCUCACAUCAGAGGAAGAAGAUGAAGUGAAACAGAUUAUGAGGUUGGGCCCUCCAGUCAGACAUGCUGUGGUCUGUCUCCCCUCUAUUUGUUCAGAGUGUAACUAAACACUCUUGCUGUGUCGUUUAGAGAUUUUGUGUGCUCACGUAUGUGUCAUGAAGUCGUGUCUUUACUUGUGAAGACCAGCGGCCAGCUUCAGGUGCCUUCCUCUGCUGCUCAGCCUGGGGCUCAUUGGCUGGGUUGAUUGGCUAGCUAAUACUGGAAUGUUCCUGUUUCUACCCCCCCCCCCCCCACUCUACUGGGGUAAUGCAGAUGGUGCUACUUGGUCUGGAGAGCUGAACUUGGGUUGUCUGUGUCAGCAGAUGUUUUCCCAGUGCAGUAACCUCCCCAGCCCUGUUUUAGGAAGUGUUUAAGCAGGUGUCAUUUUAUGGAGGGUACUGAUGGGACCAUAUCUAUUUAGAAUUUUGAUAAUCUAUGAUUCACCCCCAAAUUCUUGUGGGGUCUUUUUAAAUAGAUCUUUAUGAAUUUCUUAGAGGGUGGAGCUGAGUUAGGGUCUGAGCACAUCUCUUAAGGCAUUGCUUUCUCUAGGAUCUCGGUCCUGUGAUAAACAGCAAUGAAGGGAGAGGUGAGAGGCCCGGCACGGCAGCAGCUGAGGUCAGCAGUGAUGCACUGAUGGGGCCUUUAAUCCCAGUACUCUGGAGGCAGGGGCGGGGAGUCUCUGAAUUUGAGGCUAGCCUGGUCUACAGUACCAGGCCAGCUAGGACUCUACAGGGAUACCCUGUCCAGGGGGAAAGAAUAAGCAUGUAUGGUUCAGGUAUUGAGUUGUAGUGGAACAGAAGUCACAAUGAUUUAACACGCUUUAACAAGUGCAUAAAAGCAAUAACAACCCAGAACUUGGGAAAAAGUUACUACAUAUUCUUGGUACUUCUCAUAUUUUCUGUAGCUUUUGUUGCCCACACUAGCUAAUUGACAAUCUCCAAUCACAAGUCUUCUGGUAUUUCACUACAAAGAGAUGAAAGAGAUAACGCAGUGUUUUCUGUGAGGUGUUGGUCUCAGAGGCCAUUGGUAUUCUAAUUCAACGUUAGGUUACGCUGAGCUGUGUUAGUUACUUUUCUUGUCCUGGUGAUCAGAUACCCCACAAAAGCCACUUAAGGGAGAAAGAAUUCGGCUCACAGUUUGAGGGUACAGCUGUCAUUGCAGGGAAGGCAUGGCAGCAGGACCGUCAGGCAGAUGUGUACCCUGUCUGUCGUCAGGAAAUGAAGACGGACCCUGGCACUCAGAUGCCUUUCUCUUUUUACGCAGUUCACAGGAUACAGCCUUCCCUAUUUGGAGCGAGUCUUUCUGAUUCAGCUUACCUACUCACAGACGUGCCCAGAGGUUCCCUUCCAUUGAUGAUUUUAGAAUACUCUCAAGUUGACAGUUAGCUAUGCCUUCAACUUUAGAGGUCAUUAACUUACUUGUAGGUGGUGAAUUGAAACAUUGGGAACUUGUGUUUGUUAAAAAGAAAGAGGGCAGAGCUGAGGGCCCAGUGACCCUAGGCAUUGUGGGUGGUGAUGUGUAGAGACCAGAGAGGGUGAGAAACAAGUUCCCCCAGUUUCCCCCCCUUUUUUAAGACAAGGUCUUGAGUAGCCUAUGGUAGUUUCAGAUUUGGUCUUGCCUUAGCCUCUUGAUUCUAGAGACGUAGUCUUUUUAACAGACGUCUUUUAAAACAGUUUAGGUAACAGAACUGAACAGACUGUGGGGAGUUCCCUUAUUCAGCAACACCUCCAUCCUCUGCCCUUUGCUGUGUGUGGGUUUAUUUCCUGCAGUUUCACUUUCUCAUGGUUCACCUUGGUCUCAAAAUACCAAAUGGAAAGUUCUAGAACUAUUCAUUACUUUUUUUUUUUUUUUUUUUUUUGGUUCUUUUUUUCGGAGCUGGGGACCGAACCCAGGGCCUUGCGCUUCCUAGGUAAGCGCUCUACCACUGAGCUAAAUUCCCAGCCCCUAUUCAUUACUUUUUAAGCAACUUUUUAUUACAAUAUGUUACAACAGUCAGUUAACCUUUUACUCUCCUAUAGUACCUAAAUAGUAAGACAAACCUUAUUGAGAUAUCUGGAGUAAGAAUUUACAAUUCUAAUAAGCCCAUAUAAAAGACACACAGUCCAGAUAUUUUAUUUAUAAACCAUAUUCCUUGAUUGGGCAGAUCUAGGCUAUACUAACUUAUUCCCCAGCAAAAAUGCCCCUUUGUUACUUGCUGUUUCUCCUGGCCACACAGUUCUGGUCCAAUGGCAUCUUCCUCUCCUCUCACUUCUUCCUCUCCUCUCUCUACCUGCGACCCUGUCUCUCAAACUUUCUCUUUCCCUUGCCCAGUCACAGGCCUUUUAUUGACCAGUUAAUCUAGGGAGAAGGUUCACAUGGCAUCACUUGAAAAUGUGGGGAUUCGCUCAUCAGGGACAACCACAUCUUGAGGAACCAGUAUUUAGCAUUAGAAGUCAAGCAGCAUCAGAUCAACCCACUACAGAUGUCUAUGUAGGAACACACACACACACACACACACACACACACACACACACACACACACACACUGGUACUCUGUGUAGUUUUAGGUGUCUCUUAGAGGUCACAGAACACAUUCUUGAAGAUAAGCAGGAACUCUGCACCCUCUGCCCCGCCUACUUUUUCUCCCCAUGGUUAACGCCCCCGCUGUAGCAGUACAUGUGGUGAGUUCAUCUGUUAGUCCCCUGCUCGUUGCCUUGACAGAGUGAGGAAGAAAGGAUUUAUCUUGCUGUGCAGCUUGAGAAGUUUCGGUCUGUGGCCACUUGGCCUGGUGUUUGUGGACCCAUGGUAAGGUAGGAACGUCAUGGCGGAAGAGCAUUGGUGGAGGACAGUUGCUCACCUCAUGGGAGCCGUGCCUUUCAGCAUCCUCCUUUUCCAAGCAGUCUUACCAUGGAAAGUAGUCUGUUGAUAAAGUCAGAACCUUCAUGACACUGUCACCUCUCCAAAGACUGUCAGCUGAUAACCAAGCCCUUAACAUCCAUUGUCCAUUGGACGUAAACUGUAGCCAGGUGGGAGUCCACUGGGGUACAUCCAUGGUGUAGAUUGGCUUUCAUGUUACUGGUAUCGGUUCUACAAAUACGUUCCAGCAUGCAUGUUUUUACUGUAGUGUCACACAGCAGUUGUACCACAGAGCAGGUCUCCCAUUUCCUGAUCUUUCUUCUCUUCCUACCCACACCUGUCUUUGGUGCUGGGAGUAGAACCCAAAGUCUACGCUGCCCCGAAAGCUCUCCCCAGCCUAGGGCUUUACUACAUCGACUCUAGCACAGUACACUUCUCUAUAUGUGUAGGUCGUUUCCGUUCUACUGCACUUUGCAUUCCCUCCCUGGCAUCCUCCCUAGGGAGCUUCAUCUUGGGUAUUAGCAGUCACUUCUUAAUCUGACUGUUUUUUCCUCCACCCUUUUCUUUUUAAGAGUAAGGAAUUUCCUUUAAUGGAAACUGCUAAGUAGUUACCUGCGAGGGAGGGCUAUGCUUGACUGCAAGCCCCAGGGUUAUUUCUUUUGACUAUAAAUGAAGCAAUUACAUAGAUACCAAGUUUCAUGAUGCUUAACAUUUUUAUGAACAUGUACUUAAAAGCAAUUAAUUUAAAAAAGAACACAUCUGACUUAAAAUAUUGAUAGUUAAUUUGUAUCCUGGUAGCUAUAGUCUGUUUCCUGGGUUUGAAUGACAACCAUUCCUAAGGGUGCUUGAUAAAAUAUAACAGUUUACCUUAGAUAGUUACAAUGUUUUCUUUUGUAAAUUAGAAUGUUUGCAGGGAGCCAAUUCCACUAAUUGUACAUCCCAGGCAAAUUGGUGUGCAGGCCCUGUUCCAGCAACAAAGGGCAAAUGCUUCCCUGAGUGUCAUGAAAUUCUAUUUUGUGUUUUGCCUCUCCUGUCUUCUCUGGAAAUUAGAUGAAAUUGAGGCUUCCAGUUCCCAUGAGUUGAGACCCAGGUAAUUAGCAGUGAUUCCUUCGAAAAUAAGCACUUACUUCCGGCUUGUGUGUAUCUGUGUAUAGGGCCAGAGGCUGAUGUCCCUGUUUUCCCUUCAGUCUCUAAUAUUUCCAGUUGGUUAGGCUAGUUGGCCAGUGAGUUCUAGGGAUCCUCCUGUCUCUACAUUAUUAGUACUAGGGAAAACACACACACACACAUACACACACACGCACACUUUUGGGAUACCUGGCUUAUGUAGUUGCAGGUCCCUACUGUGUCUACUGAGUUUUCUCUCUAGCCCCUGAGCAUGUCUUAAAGUAGAGACCAGAGCAGAAUGGAUGAAGAGAUAGUGCUUUGCCUCAGCUAGUGAUGUCACGUGCUCCUGAUUUAUUAUCAGUGGGCCCAAGCUGUCCUCUGGAGACUUCUGGAGCCUCUGUUGCUCUCCAGGCCCUGUGCCUUGUGUUCUCUUCAUUCCCCUUGUGCUCCGAGGGCCUGACCCCAACAGUUCUACUCAUACUACUUGACUUAAAGUAAGGUGAUUUGUGUGUAGACUUCUGAGAGGACUUGAAGCAAGGCCCUGUGGUACUGGAGUCAGGUAAGUGUCUGUACCAAAUGUAGUGUGUCCUUUAGAAAAUUACUUUAUUAUGUGUAUGGGUAUUUUGCCUCAAUAUAUGUAUGUAUACCAUAUGGCUGCCUGGUGCCCAGGGAGACUAGAAGAAGAGGAUCCAUUGGAACUGAAGUUACAUAUGGUUGUGAACGUGGUUACUGGGAAUUGAACCUGGGUCCUCUUCUAGAGGUACAAGUGCUCUUAACCUCUGAUCCAUUUCUCUAGACCCUUUACCUUUAAAAGAUUUUUGUUUUAAAUUGAAUUUUUACUUUUCAUUUUAUGUGUAUGGUUGUCUUGCUAGUGUCUGUGCAUGGGAUGCAUGUCUGGUACCUGUGGAGGCCAGAAGAGGUCAGGGCAUCCCGAGACUUGAAUCAAGGACAGUUGUACACUCCCAUGUGGGUGCGAGGAGCAGAAUCCAGGUCCUCUGAACCAGCCCCAAGUUCUCUUAGCUGCUACUGAGCCAUCUCUGAGCCCCUGAAGUUUUAUGUAUGUGUUUGUCUUUGUACUGUGUGUGUGAAUGCCCACGGAGGCCAGAAGAGCACGCAGGAUCUCCUGAAGCCAGGGUUAGGCAGUUAUGAGGCACUCGGUCUGGGUGUGGGAACUGGCCUCAGGUCUUCUGUAGGAACAGCUGCUCCUAACCCCUGAGCCAGCCGUUCAGUGUAAACUGUAAAUCUGCAACUUAGUGAUUGAGCUAAAGCUCGUGAGCCAUCAAGAUUCAGGGAGCCUCUUGUCUCAAUCUCCCCAGCACUGUAGUGACAGACAUAUGUUGCUAUGCUUGCCUUUUAUAUGAAUGCUGGGCUACUGAACUCAAGUGCUCAUGUUCGUGAGGCAGGCAACUUGUGGAUGGAGCUAUCUCUGUGCUUGGAGCUCUUGAGAGCAGUAUUCCCUCACAGUAGUUGGACACGCCAUAAAUCAUUGAGAGAAGGGAGACUGCUCACCCUGGAGUGGGGCUUCUGUCCUUGAGGGUCAUGGAGGAUACUUGACUUUCAGAAGUCAGAAGACUGAAUGAGAGUUGAAAGGGACUGCAUUUAGUCACCACUUUCAGGUAAGCGACUUCCCUGUGGAAGGAAGAGCUGAUGGCAGCUCUCUGAAAAGUAGAGUGAAGCCAUAGGUUGUAGUUGCUCUCAGGUGCUUCAUGAUUCACAGUGGCCCUAACUAGCUGGCGUGCGGUUCUGGAUUCAACCAGCAACAAGCACACUCACUCAGCCUGGUUUUGAACUCCUAGCUGAAGUGCUCCUCUCACCUCAGCCUUCUGACUAGCUGGAACUAUGGGUGUGUACCACCUCGUCCAGCUCCGGAGUGCAUCUGUUGAAACCCUAGCACCAUCUUCCCUACCCUUACUCCUAGCUGGAUAGCUAGGAGCCUGGUGGUCAAGAGCACUUACUGCUCUAGCAGAAAGGCCAGGUCUGGUUCCCGGCACCCACAUGGAAUCUCACGUAACCUCAGUUCCAGGGCAUCAGAUGCCCUCCUCUGGCCUCCAGGAGCACCAGGCACGCACAUACACACGUGCAGGCAAAACACUCACGCACAUAAUACACAUCAUAAAAAAUCCUAGCCCUAGGUGAUGGCUGGGAGUUGGGGGGCUCUGAUGGUGAUUAGGUCAUGAAUGGGGAUCAGUGCCCUCAUAGAAGAGACCCUGAGAGUUGCCUGCAUCUUCCACCCCGUGAGGCCACAGCGAAAAGAUGGCCACCCUGAGAGCAGCCCUCACCAGACACUGAAGUUCCUUUGGACACCAGUUGUAGACUCCAACCUCCAGAACUGGGAGACAUUCAUUUCUGUACUUUCUAAGCCGCUUGAUGAAGAGCAUCUUGUUACAGCCGUCCAGGCAGACAGAAGGUGUAAAGGCUGCAGAAAGGUGCCUGAAGACCUGUCAUUAGAAGAGCGAGAAGAGCUUUUGGACAUCCGUAGAAGGAAAAAGGAACUUAUUGAUGACAUUGAGAGGCUGAAAUAUGAAAUUGCAGAAGUGAUGACGGAAAUUGACAACCUGACUUCAGUGGAGGAGAGCAAAACGACACAGAGGAACAAGCAAAUAGCCAUGGGAAGAAAGAAAUUCAACAUGGAUCCCAAAAAGGGCAUUCAGUUCCUGAUUGAGAACGACCUGCUGCAGAGCUCCCCAGAGGAUGUCGCCCAGUUUCUGUACAAAGGAGAGGGCCUGAACAAGACCGUCAUCGGAGACUACCUGGGUGAGAGAGAUGAUUUUAACAUCAAAGUUCUUCAGGCUUUUGUUGAGCUGCACGAGUUUGCUGAUCUCAACCUUGUCCAGGCCUUAAGGCAGUUCCUGUGGAGCUUCAGACUUCCUGGAGAGGCGCAGAAGAUCGACCGCAUGAUGGAGGCCUUUGCGUCCCGAUACUGCCUGUGCAACCCUGGGGUCUUCCAGUCCACAGACACUUGCUACGUGCUGUCUUUUGCCAUCAUCAUGCUCAACACCAGCUUGCACAACCACAAUGUGCGGGACAAGCCCACUGCUGAGCGCUUCAUCACCAUGAACCGAGGCAUCAACGAAGGUGGGGACCUUCCCGAGGAGCUGCUGAGGAACUUGUAUGAAAGUAUCAAGAAUGAGCCGUUCAAGAUCCCAGAGGACGAUGGGAAUGAUCUGACCCACACCUUCUUCAAUCCAGACCGAGAAGGCUGGCUGCUGAAGCUGGGGGGCCGUGUGAAGACCUGGAAGCGGCGCUGGUUCAUCCUCACAGACAACUGCCUCUACUACUUUGAGUACACCACGGACAAGGAGCCCAGGGGGAUCAUCCCCCUGGAGAACCUGAGCAUCAGGGAGGUGGAGGACCCUCGGAAGCCGAACUGCUUUGAGCUUUAUAACCCCAGUCACAAAGGGCAAGUCAUUAAAGCCUGCAAGACGGAGGCAGAUGGCCGUGUGGUGGAGGGGAACCAUGUUGUAUACCGGAUCUCUGCCCCCAGCCCUGAGGAGAAGGAGGAGUGGAUGAAGUCCAUCAAAGCGAGCAUCAGUAGGGACCCGUUCUAUGACAUGCUGGCCACAAGGAAGAGGAGGAUUGCCAAUAAGAAAUAGGGAAAAGUCAAGAUCCAGACUCCAGCGGAUACACUGGCCUCACAAGCCGCAGGACUGGGGACAGUGUGGACCCCAUGGGUCCUCCAGAAGAGCCAGCCAAGGCCGGAGCCCUCCAGCCUGUGCUCUGGGACAUUGGCCAGCUGUGAGCGUCUCUUUCCUGCCACCGUCCUAGUAUUGACCUUUGGGGACCCUUGUCCACAACAGCACCUGGUGAUGACAGCCUCCAGACCUGCACAGCCCACGUGGGACUCCUGUUCCGGAGCCAGAGCCUCAGCCACACCAAGCCACACCUGCUCUCUGGGGCAGCACUACAUGUUCUAGAAGUCGCUGUUUUAUAUCAAAAUGGGAAAGGAAAACUACCACUUUUUUAUUCAGAAUUUUUCUCAGAUAUAUAGGAUUAUAGCUUUUAUAUGCCUUUUUAUAUUCUGAAAAUUAUAAUGAAAGAUACUUAAUUUCUAACAGUAGUAUUUUUAGAAUGGCAGCUAUAAACUUAACUCCUGGACACAAGUACACGCUGUGCACUGGAAACACUGUAUAUGCAGCCCCCAGGCACUUGGGACUCAGGCAGCCACUCCGGGUGAAGAGGCACUGGGGUGACCAUGAGGACCAGUGUGCUUUGGAGACUCAGGCGUGACUGCCACUCCCCCACACAUGCUUCUCUAACGUGAAUCAGUAAGAUCAGGCUAUGGUUUGGGGCAUUGAUCCUGUCAGCACCAAGGCCUAGAGAUGGAAUUCUCUGGAACAGGCCACUUCUGUGGAGAACCACAUUAAACUGCCCUUCGUGGAGGACAGCUCUGUGGUCUGACUGCACGUGGCUCGUGGCUUUGGUACAUUGGUUGCUUGCUGUUUCACACUUUGGUUAAGUGCUGACAUAUUUUGAUGUAGUGAGUAGGCAGCCAGAAGCAGCCAGAAAUAAUUGAUCUGUCCUCUGGUAAUGCCAGGUUUUCCAACAUUUGACAUCCCGUUGAGGAGGGGAAAGGCUGAAGAUGGCACUGGGGGACACCUGUGGCAUCUAGACCCCAUGUAUACCGGCGUAUGACUUUAGGGCACAUGUGCUUGGGCGGAGACGUGGUAGGCGACAGGACCCAUUCAUCUGAGAGAACCCUCUGGAGGUUGCAUGUGCUUCCUGAGAAAUGGCUUUCCCCUGCACAUUUGCUUCGCCACUCUGCACCCACACAUCUGGAGCCUGUGUUCUGAGGGCCCUUGAAACUGCCAUCCAAAUGCCCUCACACAAGAUGUUCAGUGAGUGGCCUUGAGGCUUUUUGCCUCUGACCUUGGUGGUAGCUGUCAUCUAGGCUGACUCGGGGAUGUGGAGGCCAAAGCUCCCUCAUGCACCAAACUCAUCACUUUUUGGUUUAUUCAAGCUUCUAGGCUCUUACUAUACCUCAAAUCUGAAACCCUUGCAUUUGAGCUGCCUGGCUGGUGUGUAUGCAGCCUGGCUUCCAGUCUUCCAUGAUCCCUACCCGUUCCCCACCUCAGACCUGAACUUCCUGCUGGCAGGGCCCCCGUUGAGAGGUGGGAGCGGGCAUUCCUUCAGUCAGGACCCAGGUGUCGCCCUGGGCAACAGAGCUCUCUGUUGGACAUUGAGGACGGGACAUUAAGCAUGAGGCUUCCUAAUGUUGUCUUUAAUGCCAUAGUCAUCUGUGAGGGGACCUUACCUUAUGGCUGUUGGUUUGCCUGAUGGCUGUUGGUGCUAAGAAUCCUAAGUUACUGGCUCUUGGAGUAUCCGCAAGGAGUCACUUAACUCAGGUUACGUUGUGACAGUAUUAAACCCCAAGGGCAUCUGGCCACGCCCAGAGCUUGUAAAGGCUGGGCACUCAUGCCCUUCACCCUUUGUCUGCACUCAUCAGUGAAGCAUUGAGCCCUACUCUGGCCAAAGAGCGUUUCCUGUCCUGCUGGGCUUCAGAACACGUGGUGGGACAGCGGUGUAACUGGGAACCCUUUGGAGAUGCAGCCGCCUACUGUGUGCGCUUCGUGUCAUACUGACUUCAGAGCUAAGGUGUGCUUUGCUGACAAGUUAGGUCGUUACAGACCACAAACCAUAGGUUGUGAUUUCUCCUUUUUAUCUUAGAAAACAUUUCUAUUUACAAUAAAUAGUUACUAUGUAAAUAGUGUAAAUAUGUAUUAAUUUCUUCCAUGUUAUACAAUGUACAUACUCCCUACAACCUGCAUGAAGAGAGAUCCUAUUAAUGUCCACAUCAGAAUUUCUGGCUAUUGCAAACAGCUAGUGAAAUGGAGGGCCUUACAGCUGUCAGAACUAUUGCAAAUACCGUUUUCCGUAAAUAAAAACAUACCGCUAAAAACAAAA